UGCACUCUAGUGCUAAUCUAUUGUUUCAGUCCUGGUGCUGGUUUUACGUUUGCUAUGUCUGCAUCUGAUCAAAAAUAUAUGAAUGUGGUUUGGAAACUGUUAGUUUUGUUGGCAUUCAUUGGGCUUUUAUUAGAUUACAGUUUGCCGUUGGUUCUGAAUUCUAUAUAAAUAAGAUUUUUGGCGCAAAAUCUUUUAUUUUUAAAUGAUUUUUGGUGCCAGUUUUUCUUUGUUAUGAUGUAUAAAAUGUUUGGGUGUUUGUCAUUAUUGUAAUUAUCGUUGCUGCAGAUGUUAUUAUUUUCCUGCUUGUUUUUUACCUUAGCAAUAUCAUAUCUUUAAGAUAAGGCCUUGUCUACACUAUACAGUUUUGUCAACAAAAGUCAAGUUUUGUCGACACAACAGUGGAGGUGUACACACAACAAUGGUCCUCCCACUGAUGUAAUUCUUUUGCUACACCAACAAAAUAAAACCCCUUUGGCAAGCGGCAUAGAGCUUUUUGCAACGAAGUUAGCGACACAGUGCCAGUGUAGACACUGUGUUUGCUUAUGUCGCCUCCAGGAGGUGUCCCACAAUGCCCAUCAUGACCACUCUGUUAAGCAGUUUCUACUCUGCUGCCCUGCAUCCAGAUACACAGAUAGGCACUCCUACCCCCUUAAAGCCUUUGCCAUGCCAAUCUUCUCCCCUUAUUGGUCCUUUUGGUCAGGUGCCAACCAGGUUAUCUGAGCUUCUUAACCCUUUACAGGUAAAGGAGGGAUUUUAUGCUACCCUUAGCUGUAUGUUUAUGACACAGUGCCUAUCCAACUGUAGGAACUUUGACACCUACAAGCUGAUUGCUCAUGGCAUGGAUGAGAAGGGACAUGAAAGGGAUGCAGCAGUGCCGUGCUAAGAUCACAGAGCUGAGGCAGGUGUACCAGAAGGCAAGGGAAGCCAACCAUUACUCUGGUGCAAUGCCAAAAACAUGCCGCUUCUACAAGGAGCUGCAUGCCAUUUUCAGCUAUGACCCCACCUCCACUACCAAAAUCCCCAUGGAUACUUCAGGGGGACUGAAGGCAACAGCCAGCAGAGUCAAUCUCAAGGACGAAGUGGUGGACAAUGAGGUCGAGUUAGAGGAGGAUGUGGGACAGGAAACUUUGCCAUGCCAAUCGGCAAUUACUUCUGGAGGAACCAAAGCAGCACAUGAGCGAGCAGCAUACGGACCUGAUCUGAAGCCACACACAUGCAGGAGAUGCGUCCUUGGAUCUUCGGUUACCCUCAGUAGUGUGACUUCAGAUGUGCCCUUGAGGGCCAGCUCCUACAUGCUGGUGGAGUGUCUCCAUCAGAUAAGGAGACGAUUGAGGAGGAGUAAGGAGGACAUGUUUCGUGAAUUGCUGCAAUCUUCAGAUCAGGCCAAGAGCGAUCACAGAGCAUGGAGAGAGACCAUAAACGAGAAACUAGAAAUGGAUAGCCAGGAGAGGAGCCAGACUCAGGAGCAGGUUAAUAAAGCUCAUGCAGGACCAAACAGAGAUGCUGUGGUCCCUGAUUGUGCUGCAGGCAGAACACAUGUGUGCUCAACUCCUCCUACAGCCCAUACAGAACUGCUUCCUUGCCCCUCUCCCCCAUUCCUCUCAUGUUCCCAGCCCUUCACAAUACUCCUUGCACUCCAUCCCUAGGGACAUUUUCCAUAAUGACAGCUGGACUGACAUGCAGCUGUGAGAUCCUUGUGUCCCUUAUAAGAAAUGUUCAUCUGUGUA